AUGGGCAAAUUCUUACAAUUACUUCUCCACCCGGAUGAAUUAAAGUCGGUGAUCCAAUUAACGGGUUUCAGGCAACUGUUGCAUCAGGUGCCUACUUCCCAAUCGCCAGCUUUGAAAAGGUGCUAUGAAUUGUUAAACCUUACCUCGAGAUCAUUUGCGGCGGUUAUUGAGGAGUUGCACCCAGAACUAAGAGACGCCAUCAUGAUUUUUUACCUUGUAUUGAGAGCGUUGGACACAAUUGAAGAUGAUAUGACUAUUGAUCCAGAGAUCAAGGUGCCUUUGUUACGUACCUUUUACGAAAAGUUGGACUCAAAAGACUGGACUUUCGACGGAAAUGGGCCAAAAGAAAAGGAUAGGGUUGUGCUUGUUGAGUUUGAUCAGAUACUAGAAAUCUAUCACGGUUUGAAGCCACAGUACCAGGAGAUUGUCAAAGACAUUACUCGUAAGAUGGGUAACGGUAUGGCUGAUUAUAUCUUGGAUGAGAAUUUUAAUCUCAAUGGAGUGGAAACGAUUGAGGAUUACAACUUGUACUGUCAUUAUGUUGCUGGAUUAGUUGGUGAAGGGUUGACAAAGUUAAUGGUAUUAGCCAAGUUUUCCGACAAUUCGUUAGUUGAGGACAAUUUCGAAAAAUCGAAUUCAAUGGGCCUUUUUUUGCAAAAGACAAACAUUAUCAGAGAUUACCAUGAAGAUUUGUUGGACGGUAGAUCGUUUUGGCCAAAAGAAAUCUGGUCCAAGUACACCAGUGACUUGCCUAAAUUCCACAAGAAUGAGUCAAUGGAGUUUGAAGGGUUAUCCUGCAUCAAUGACCUUGUUUUGAAUGCCCUUAGUCAUGUGAGGCAUGUAUUGGAAUUCUUGUCGUUGGUCAAGGAUCCCUCAACAUUUUCCUUUUGUGCUAUUCCACAGGUCAUGGCAAUUGCAACAUUAGCUGAAGUCUAUAAUAACCCAAAAGUAUUGCACAGCGUGGUAAAGAUCAGAAAAGGUACCACUUGUAAAUUGAUUUUGGAAAGUAGAACUUAUCCAGGAGUUGUUAAAAUAUUCAGACACUAUAUCCAGGUGAUUAACCAUAAGUCAUCAGUGAGAGACCCCAACUAUUUGAGAAUAGGUAUAAAGUGUGGGGAGAUUGAGCAGUUUUGCGAAUCAAUGUUUCCUUCUGAGAACGCCAUUCCUGAAGGUGCUCGCAUUUCCGAAGGGCCUAUUAAUAAGAUUCUAGAGGGGCGGAAAUCCAUCGAUGAUAGUAUGCAAGUUAGGAUCGACCAGGAGACUUUUAACACAAAUGCUGUGUUGGGAUUCAUUGGAGUUUUGUUGGCCAGUUUAUUCAUCUACUUGUAUAGAUAG